UUGAUCUGCAGAGAGAGAGAGAGAGAGAGAGAGAGAGAGAGAGCAGCUCCGAGAUUUAACUCAAAUACCCGCAGCACCUGCCCACACUUGAAUAGAAACUUCCCUUCAUUGUGCAAAGUUUUCGUUCUGCACCAGGAAUCUGAACUCAUUUUCCAUUGCAUGUCAUUUUAACCGCACACACAAUUUUAUUCCUUGGCAAACUUUUUGCACUUCAUUUGGAAAACUAACUUUUCUUUGGAGCUGCAGUUUGGGACUUUUUUUCCCCCGUUGUUCUACAAGAAGAAUUUGUUAACGUGUUUUUUCCAUGUCGCAAAUUAACACAGCUCUUGGACCGUGCACCUAAUAACAUUUCUACCUGUCGCUGUACUUAAUAUCGCCGUGUCAAGAAAGCUACACAACGAGCAUUCAAAAGGAAUGUGAAACUGGGCUACCUGCAGGGGUUGGUCCGAAAGCUUCAAGAACAAACGACGGGUUUCAGUUUAUUUCAGUAUAGCAAGAUUUUAAAAAAAACAGAGAUAUUUGGUUUGCUCAGGCUAUCUGCUUGAAAUAUUCUUUGAUAUCCAACUAUGGAACCCACUCCUCCACUCCCCCAGUGCCAUUGGCCAAUACUCCCAAGUAAAUGUUGAGAAACGUCUUGCCCAGUCUCACUGUAUCCUGCCUCGACUGGUUUGUUAGGCCUGUGUUACUAUGGCGAUGGCCAUACCUGUCUUCCUGCUGGCAUUGUUCUUCUGCGGAAUCCGCGGCAACCGGCAGUCAGCUCCCAGAGUGCACCUGUCCUACAAAGAGCUGAUGGAAACUCGCACGGCACGUCCCUUCAGUUUCUCCUUCAACACCAGCGAUUACCGCAUCCUCCUUGUAGACCACGACCAGGAUCGCAUCUACCUGGGCAGCCGCGAGUACGUGGUGGCGUUGGACAUGCAGAACAUCAACAAGGAGCCCCUCAUCAUCCAUUGGCCAGCUACAGAGCAGCGGUUGGAGGAGUGCAGAAUGGCAGGCAAGGGCGAACAGGGGGAGUGUGCAAACUAUGUACGUCUGAUUGCUCCUUGGAACCGGACUCACCUGUACACCUGUGGGACAGGAGCCUACAGCCCUGUCUGCAGCUUCAUCAACCGAGGCUGGAGGUCCGAGGAGUAUUUGUUCCGUCUGGUUCCUGGGAAGGAGCCGGGAAAGGGGAAAUGUCCGUAUGACCCCCGACAAGAAACCGUGGCCACCCUCAUCAAUGGUAAUCUCUAUGCAGGUGUCCAGGUUGAUUUCAUGGGGAUGGACACGGCGAUCUUCAGGACUCUGGGCAGAAGGCCGGCAGUCAGAACAGAGCAGUACGAUUCCCGCUGGCUCAACGAGCCCGUGUUUAUCAAGAUCCACAUGACUCCGGACAGCUCAGAGAAGAACGAUGACAAGCUCUACUUCUUCUUCAGGGAGAAAUCUCUGGAAUCGGGGAGCAGCCCCAGCGUGCUGUCCAGAGUGGGGAGGGUCUGUCUGAAUGAUGAUGGGGGUCAACGCUCGCUGGUCAACAAGUGGACCACCUUCCUGAAGGCCAGGCUGGUGUGCUCCGUGGUGGGGGGUGACGGAGUGGAGACCUACUUUGACGAGCUCAGAGAUGUGUUUAUUCAGCCGACGCAGGACGAACGCAAUCCCAUGGUGUACGCUGUCUUCUCAACCUCGGGGUCUGUGUUUACAGGCUCGGCAGUCUGUGUCUAUUCCAUGGCUGACAUCCGGAAUGUCUUCAACGGGCCCUUCUCGCACAAGCAGGGCCACAACUACCAGUGGGCCCCCUACACGGGCAAGAUCCCAUACCCUCGCCCCGGUACUUGUCCAGGAGGUACUUUCACUCCGGGAGUCCGCACCACAAAGGAUUUCUCGGACGAGGUUGUGAACUUCGUCCGCGCACACCCCCUCAUGUACACCCCAGUGUAUCCAGUAAACAGACGCCCUCUGGUGGUGAGAACUGGCGUGGACUACCGCUUCACCACCAUCGCUGUGGACCUGGUGGAUGCUGUGGACGGACGCUACGAGGUCCUCUUUCUAGGGACAGACCGUGGUACAGUCCAGAAGUUGAUCGUCCUGCCUAAAGAUCCUAGUACCACAGAAGAGCUCACUCUGGAAGAGGUGGAGGUGUUCAAGACCUCGUUUCCAGUGAAAACCAUGAAGAUAUCAUCCAAAAGGCAGCAGCUUUACGUCUCCUCGGAUGGGGGCCUUACUCAGAUGUCUCUUCACCGCUGUGGCGUCUAUGGGAAAGCCUGUUCGGAUUGCUGUCUGGCCAGAGACCCCUACUGCGCCUGGGAUGGGGAGAACUGUGCUGCUUUCCCCCCUGCUGCCAAGAGGAGGAGCCGUCGACAGGAUAUCAAGCAUGGAGACCCACUGCGGCAGUGCAGAGGCUUCAAUGCCAAAGUUGAGAAGCGUUUGAGGGAAACUACCCAGUUUGGUGUGGAGGGCAGCAGCACAUUUCUGGAGUGCCAGCCCAGAUCGCCCCAGGCUUCGGUCAAGUGGCUGUUUCAGAAAGAUGGUACCAGCCGGCGAAAGAUGCUGAUCCGAGAGAAGGAGGUGCUGAAGACGGGCCAUGGGGUUCUCCUCAGAUCCAUCCUCAAGUCCGACAGCGGACUCUACCACUGUGUUGCCACUGAGAACAACUUCAAACACACCGUGGCCCGCGUCGCCCUCCGAGUCCUAGACCGAGAGAUCGUGGACGCCCUCACGACCUCUGACCUCUCCGUGGCCACCAGCCACUCCCCUCCACAGACACUGCCCCUCAACCCACCUCAUCUGAUAGGCCAGCCGGAGAUCCGUCUCAUAAACCAGUACUGUGAUACAUACUGGGACCAGCUUAACCCAGCACUCAGACCCAGACGCACCAGCAGGCACGACGCCAAGGGGGCGAGGAAGCAACAGGAGAGUGAAGCCCACCGCGCUGUCUGUAGGUCUGUCUGUCACUUCAGCAAGGUCAGCUUUGAGGAUUUUGAACUGGGCUGUUUGAAUUGUGCAGCGUGUAACUGCGGUGCACUACAGGGAUGAAAAUAUAAUUGUAAAUGCUGUCCAAAUUAAAAAAAAAAUAAUAAUUGUACUAAAUAAACCAAAAAAUAAUAAAGCAGAGUUAUUUACAGUUAAGAAUAAAUAAACCCGUUUAGACAGUCGUUUUACAGUAUUUAUAAUAAUGUUUCAGGUUAAAAGUUCCAAUGGCUUUUCGUUUUUUGCUCCACAGGAAAAUAAUUGCUUUUGCACAAAAUGCUCAGUCACAAUUCUAAAGUAAAACCAUUAAAAAAAAGUCAAGCUGACGAAUGUUUUGGCUAGUGUACACAGACAAAAACGUUUUGUCUACUCACUUAGUUUCUUCUAGUUUUACCUUACCAAAAUAAAUAUUAACAAACCAAAAUUAUACUUGUAAAGUAUUGACUAAUUAGUUACUAUAACAUUUUUGUUUCUUUUUAGCUGAUAAUUUAUAGCGUCUAUAGAAUACUUGUAAUUGUGCAAUAUACUGUACAGGAUGUAGCAAGAGGAUCUAGAAGCAGGGUCCUCUUUUUCAAUAUUAAUUAACUGAAUUGCCAUAUCUUCGCUGCAGAGCUAUUUCAUAUUCAAAGACGUCCUUUCUGAUUGUAAGUUGGCUCUUGAUUAUCAGAAUUGGAAAAGAGAGAAACAGCCAUAUACAGCUCUGGCCAAAAGUUUUGCAUCGCCCUUAUAGAAUGAACAAAUUUUGCUUCAUAAAGUCGAAUGAAACCUGCUGAAUAAUGUUACGUUAACAUAUUGAAUUAAAAAUCGCUUUGUAGUUUUCCAUAUAUGUAACAAGAAAUGUGACAUUUUUAAAUCUGACAUGACAUGUAUUACUGUUAGGGCUUUCUUCAAUUCCAUCAUUAUUAUUAUUAUUAUUUAUUUCUUAGCAGACGCCCUUAUCCAGGGCGACUUACAAUUGUUACAAGAUAUCACAUUAUACAUUAUUUCACAUUAUACAGAUAUCACAUUAUUUUUACAUACAAUUACCCAUUUAUACAGUUGGGUUUUUACUGGAGCAAUCUAGGUAAAGUACCUUGCUCAAGGGUACAGCAGCAGUGUCCCCCACUGGGGAUUGAACCCACAACCCUCUGGUCAAGAGUCCAGAGCCCUAACCACUACUCCACACUGCUGCCCAUCAUGUUAAAUAAAAUAUCGAAAUUAUGUUUUUAUUUUUAUUUUUUUUGUAUUAUGUCACAAUCCUAAAAUUCUAGGUGAUGCUAAACUUUUGGUUUUGAAGAACACACAAAGCCAACACUUUUGGUUUUACCUUAGCUUUGUGAUUAAGCGUUUCAAAGUUAUGAAUUCCAGCAAGCUUUUAACUGAUCUUUUAUAAUUCAAUUAAUAGACAAACUCCUUCAAGUCCCAAUGCAUGGGAUGCUUGUGAUAUUCCGUUCUGAAUUCCUUAUGCAUUUUGUAUCAUCUAGAAAAAUCAUAAAAACAGAACAUUUCUCAUAUCGGAUCCUAUGCAGUCCUUUGAAAUGUAUAGGAAUUUGCAGACGUUCUUUGAAAGUGUUAUCUUAUCAGGUUUAUUUUCUUCAGGGGGUCCAGUCUUUAUUUUUAUUAAUACACUUCUAUUUUAGAAUAUGUUUUUAACUUUUAAUUUAUUCCCCAGCAAAAAAAAAUAUAUUCAAACAGUCCAGUUUAAAGUCCAUUACUCAGCACACACUGACACUGGACUGUCACCCUGUUCCACUUCCUUUGGUCCAUCCAAUAAAGAAUCGAUUGAAUGAUUGUACCAAUAAAGACCUUUGUUGUCUGAGGUUCAGAGGGUGCACUGCUUUGCCACUUAACUAGGACCUGUCUACCCAAGUGGAUUUGGCUUCAAUCAUGCUUUAAAUAAAUCCAUGUGUUUCUUUCAAAACGCCACACCCCGAUAGAGGGCCAUGACAGAUUUAUAGAAUUAUUUUACUACAGUUACUCUAGGGAGCGACAAGAGGGAAGUUUAAAAAUAAUGGCAGGUCAUUUUUGGGGAGGCACCAUGACAAAUAUUUAUUUUUGGUUGUAAAUAUUCCUUUAAACUCUGCAACUAUGGUGUUGUUGUGGGGGGGGGGGGGAAUGUGUGUAUUGACAGGACCAUAACUCGCAGUGGGCAUGGAAAAGGUAGACAUUCUUUGUGGAUCAAUGGAACGACAAUAAAUACAGUAGACGCUAUAAACGCUGCUUGAAUUAAACGUGGUGGAAUUUGCUACAGCGAAAUGGUUUGAAAAUAAUGUUUUCGGUUACUUUCCAAAAUGCUUGACAAACUUUUUUUUUUAACUCUGUACAGUAACUCGACAGUACUUGCACACUUAAGUUGUACCUUCUUUCCUUUGCUGUUUUCCACAACGAAAUCCCUACGGUCACGGGCACAUUCUUCUGGGGGUUUUGCGUGUAGACAUUUUUGUACAUUUCGCCACAAUUCUGUUUUAAAUCCUCCGUAUCUUAACUGUAGUAACGCUUGAAAUCCCGCUAACAAGUCUCCAUCCUGAUUGUAAUCUCGUUUUAAAUCUCGCAAGCGGUCUCCAAUAGAAAUGCAGGAAUGUGCUGUCAUUCAGUAGUUGGGGCGGGUUUAAAGUAUUGAGAACGAAUCAAUGAUAGAUACAAGUCAGGAAGGCGGGACAUUGCCCAGCAGCACUGGGAAAUGUAUUUAUUAUUAUUUUUGUAGUAGCUUUUAUUUUUUUAAUGGGAAAAGGGUAAAGUCAACGUGAAUUGAUUAACCAUUUCCACAGUUAUUCCGGCGUUUUCCAGUGUUUAUUGGCUAUCCACCGAUUUCAUUUUGGAGUAAAACUUUAUUCUGUUUUAACAAAGAAUGUCUACCUUGAACUUUUCCCAACUGUGACAUAUUUUGGAUGAAUCUUUACACAAAGUGUCUCUGAUUACUGUGCAUUUACAAUACAUGCACACUUACACAUAAUUGCAAUGUUAAUAUGCAUAGUUUCACUGUACUUAAUGUGUAAAUAUGUUUGCAUGAUAUAAUCCUAACUCUAACCCUUUUCUGAUUCAUUUGUGUACUUACAUAUAUCAUGCAAAAACAGUUACACAUUAAGUACAUUGUGACUAUGCAUAAAUAACAGUAAUUAUGUCUAAGUACACAUGUAUUUACUAAGUAACUACUAUAUAAAUACACAGUAAUUAGAGACACUUCAUGUAAAGUGUUAUCAUAUUUUGAAACCAAAACCGUAGAUGUUUGAAUAAGUGGUACAAAGACUGUAUUCCUUCCAUUCGUGGGAAAAAUCCUUUCUUUCAUUUCUAAAAGCCUUCUGUGAGGUACAUAUACGAGACAGACUGACCAGCCAGCUAAUUCGCAAGCUUCUGCCUUUUAUCUGGUCAUAUUGAAAGUUUAAUUUGAAAUUAGCAUUAUCUAUUUCACAAAAUAGCCAAUGGAACUACCAUAUAUGUCAGCGAUGAUAUUAAGACUCCUGUUGCAUAGCGGUUUGAUCCAAUCCUGGUUUCAAUAUGAGUUUAGUAAGACACACCUCAGCUUGUUAUCUGUACACACUUGAGGCUGUGUGGUCCAGUGGUUAAAGAAAAGGGCUUGUAACCGGGAGGUCCCCGGUUCAAAUCCCACCUCAGCCAGUGACUCAUUGUGUGACCCUGAGCAAGUCACUUCACCUCCUUGUGCUCCGUCUUUCGGGUGAGAUGUAAUUGUAAGUGACUCUGCAGCUAAUGCAUAGUUCACACACCCUAGUCUCUGUAAGACGCCUUGGAUAAAGACGUCUGCUAAAUAAAUAAUAAUCAAGCUCAUAGUAAAACCUGGAAUGGGUGAAACUGCUGUGCAUUGAGAGUCUUAUUUCCAUCCCAUCAAAUCCUGUGUAGCCCAAUUGGGCAAUUUUUUUCUUAUUUUAAUUUUUGGCAUCCUUUUAUAUUGAACAGCAUAAUGUUUAAAUCAAUUUUUGGAAUUCUAUAGGCAUUUCAAAGUUUAUGAAACAUGGUAACAUGCCCUAAACUGGAUCCAAUUUCUGAUUACAUUUAAUAUUCUAAAACAAACACACCGUUGUAUGAACAGUAUAUGUUUAACAUCAGAUUUUAAAUAUUUAAAAUGAGCAGAUCAUUUUAGAAAUUCUAAAAAGAAACCUAGUAACUGUUUUGACUAGAAGUCUUUCUCAAUGUGUUCAAGACAGUGGAGACGCUUGUCAUUGAAUUUAUGAAGUUUCUUUCAGUGUUUCUAUUGAAGACGCUGAGAAAGACUUCUAGUGGAAACGUUUGCCGUUGAAUUUAUGAAGUUUCUUUCAGUGUUUCUAUUGAAGACGCUGAGAAAGACUUCUAGUGGAAACGUUUGCCGUUGAAUUUAUGAAGUUUCUUUCAGUGUUUCUAUUGAAGACGCUGAGAAAGACUUCUAGUGGAAACGUUUGCCAUUGAAUUUAUGAAGUUUCUUUCAGUGUUUCUAUUGAAGACGCUGAGAAAGACUUCUAGUGGAAACGUUUGCCAUUGAAUUUAUGAAGUUUCUAUUGAAGACCCUGAGAGAGACUUCUAGUGGAAACGUUUGCCAUUGAAUUUAUGAAGUUUCUUUCAGUGUUUCUAUUGAAGACGCUGAGAGACUUCUAGUGGAAACGUUUGCCAUUGAAUUUAUGAAGUUUCUUUCAGUGUUUCUAUUGAAGACGCUGAGAAAGGCUUCUAGUGGAAACGUUUGCCAUUGAAUUUAUGACGUUUCUUUUAGUGUUUCUAAAAUACUUUUUGAAAACAAGGCUCCUAAUUCUCCCUAUAAGUAUGACAAAGCCCAUAUGUAUGUCUAUAUAUAUAUAUAUAUAUAUAUAUAUAUAUAUAUAUAUAUAUAUAUAUAUAUAUAUAUAUAUAUAUAUAUUGUGAACUCUAAUGUUGUUAGACAUUAAUGUCUAAGAAGGGAUACAGUCUUUGCAAAACACUGUGUUUUUAACUGAUUUUUCUGUUUGUUUCUGACUGAUAAAACUACUUCCAUUUUCUUAUUUGUAGAUGUUUCUGUGAUUUAAUAAGGUUGUUUGUAAUUAUAAUUUGUGCUGUUUGUAUAGAGGUAAUAAAUAUGUUUUAUAACCUUGGAAA